GCUUGGAGAUAUACACAUUGCCUGAUUUUAGACUUGCAUAUGCUGUGAAGAACUUCUGGAUGGGACAUAGAGUUUUGAUUGACAGUAGCCAGGUCAUUCCACCACCUCCGCUUCCCCCAUCAUCUCUUCCUCCACCUCCAACGCCAGUUCUUGAGAACUAUUCCGUUAUCCAUGAGGUUUUGAUGGUAGGAAUGGGGAACCGUAAUUUGAGGCCUGUUCUCUUUGCAAGGGUGGAUGAAGAUCUGUUAAUGUAUGAAGUUUUUCCUUUCUAUGAAAACCUUGCAACAAGUCAACUGAAAAUAAGAAUGAGAUUGAUAGAACACAACUUGAUUUUGAGGGAAAGACGUUCUGGGAAGAAAAAGAGAAGUGAAGAGGAUGGUACUGGCGAAAAGAAGAUAGACAGAACGAGCAAGUUCCGCCCUUUUAGUAACAUCAGUGUAUACAGUGGUGUAUUUAUUUCUGGGCCUUAUCCACACUGGGUAUUCAUGACAGUACGUGGAGAACUGCGUUAUCAUCCCAUGAGCGUUGAUGGAUCUGUCAAAUGCUUUGCUCCGUUUAGAAACAUCAACUGUCAGAAUGGAUUUUUGUAUUUUAAUCGUCAGGAAUCCUUACGAAUUUGUCUGCUUCCAACAAUAUUGUCCUAUGAUGCUCCUUGGCCAGUGAGAAAGGUGCCAUUGAGAUGUACACCUCACUUUAUUGUUCAUCAUUUAGAAACAAAGACCUACUGUGUUGUAACUUCUAACUCAGAUCCCACUCUGAAGAUUUGGAAAUUUAAUGGGGAUGACAAAGAAGAAGUUGUGGAGGAAAGAGAUGAGCGGUUUUUAAGGGUUCAAGCACCACUAUUUUCAAUACAGCUCUUUUCACCAGUUAAUUGGCAGAUGAUUCCAAAUACAGAUUAUACCUUGGAACUUUGGGAACAUAUAACCUGUUGCAAGAAUGUGAUAUUAGCAUAUGAAGGAGACAGAUCAGGUUUAAGAGGAUACAUUGCAUUAGGGACUACAUUCUGCUUUGGUGAAGAUAUUACAUGUCGAGGACGAAUCUUUAUCUUUGAUGUCAUUGAUGUUGUGCCAGAACCAGGUCAGCCUCUGACAAAGAACAGACUUAAACUUCUUUAUGAAGGGGAACAAAAGGGUCCUGUCACAGCAUUAGCACAUUGCAGAGGCUUACUUGUAUCAGCUAUUGGACAGAAGGUGUACAUAUGGCAGUUAAAAGAUGCAGACCUAGUCGGAAUAGCUUUCAUUGACACCCAGAUCUACAUUCAUCAGCUCUUGUGCAUCAAAAGCCUUAUACUUGCUGCAGACAUUUGUAAAUCUGUCUUACUUUUGCGAUUCCAGGAAGAAAACAGAACUCUCUCACUUGUGUCAAGGGAUUUAAAACCCUUGCAAGUAUAUGGAAUUCAGUUUCUAGUUGACAAUACUACCUUAGCCUUCAUUGCCGGAGAUGCAGACAAAAAUCUUGUCGUUUUCACUUACAACCCUGAAUCUCAUGAAAGUAUGGGAGGAACUCGGUUAAUCAGAAAGGGUGAAUUCCACUUAGGUGCUCAUGUCAAUUCAUUCUUCAGAAUUCGAUGUAGAGUUGGAGAUGUAUCAAGUGAUAAACGGGCUGGCCAGAACAUAGAGAGAAAACACAUAACCAUGAUGGCAACAUUAGAUGGUUCUAUUGGUUAUGUUUUACCUGUUAGUGAAAGAACAUACCGAAGAUUUUCAAUGGUGUACAAUCUCUUGGUUCAACAUCUUCCACAUAUUGGAGGUUUAAAUCCAAAGGCUGCAAGAGCCUUCCAGAACAGGUACAAAUUAAUAACAGGCCCCUCUCGAGCUGUUUUGGAUGCUGAGCUCAUCUGGUCCUUUCUUCAUAUGCCUGCCCCUGAAAAAAUCGAGAUUGCAAAGAAGAUUGGAGCCAAAGUAGAUGAUAUUGUAGAGGACUUGAUGGAAAUAGAUCGUAUGACAGCCCACUUUUAGAUGCAGAACUUGAGUUUUACAUACAUAAAUGACAUGACCAAGUAUAUGGAUGCUAGAUGGCAGAUGGGGCAUACCAUUCAGGAUUGCAGUAUUGUGGAAGACUAUUUUAUUACUGUAAACCUAUUAUGGGGGAAUAAUCACCUGUUGUAUUGUAUAUCUGUUUUUUUGAGGUUUAGAGAAAUAUUUCCUCAGGAUGUACUUUAGGUCAGCUUGAAUGAUUUGCAAAAUUUUCUUUUACAGUGUAUUACUUGUACUCCCUCCUUAUGCCAUAAUUAUGUAUUAGAUAAUUACUGAGUUUAGUUCAGGCCUGCUUCAUUUUAUUUUAAUUUCCUCUUCCAGUAUUUGUUGAGGCAUCUUCUUUGCUAGUAUUUUGGUUUUUAACACAUUUCUUAGUUUAUGAACUAUUUUCUAAAUUAAAUUACUCUUGAUCAGUUAUUUUUAAUUGAGUAUUAAUUUUACAGUCUCACCACAAAAAAUGAGUUCAAAGGACUUUUAAAAGUUAGAUAAAAUAUAUACUGGAAUUUGUACAGCAAUGUUUUAUUCUAUUAGCAUUAUCUUUGUUACAGGAGUCUGUAAAAGUUUUUUAUUAAUUUUAGUGUAUUGCACAUUAAGUAAAAAAGUACUCUCAGGUAGUGUCUGAUCAAACUCAAAAGUGGUACUGAAGGUUAAGUGGACAUGAAAAGUAGUCUUUUUUUGUUAUUACUGUAUUUUAAAUUCUCCAAUGAGGUGUAACAGGUGUACUGAUGAUAAAAAUAAACUUAAAGGAAAGCUCAAGUGUUAAACAGUAGUAUGUAAAAUGUACAUUUGUCCUUUUAGUCUUAAAAUUAUGUUUAUUUAGAUCAAUUAGUUUGUAUGUGUACAUCAUAUGUGGGACAUUUACAUUUGUCUUUAUGCAGGUACUUGUUCUUAUUUUUUUGUAAAUUUUAUGAAGUGCUGCAUUGUCUUGAUUCUUAAUCUGGUACCUCAUAGAUGGCACUCUUUAUUUAGUGUUUAAUGUUCUUUGUAGCAUUUCCUACUGCUUUGCAUUCUUCCUUUUACUCAUCUCUUCCUACUCACAGGCCUAAUUUCUUGAACCUUUCCUUAUUCUAGUUGUUACCUCUUAUUUACAGACAAAUCCCUUGUGCUAGCCCUAUGAGAGUUUGAAAAUGAUUUUCUGGAUAAUCUACUUCAUAAUAAUUAAAUUCUAUGCUUGGAUGUGUUACAUAUCACGACUUUGUUAGUAGAUAUUGAUACCUGUACUUAUAUUAAUUCAACUGGAACAGUGCAAAGUAAAAUUAAAGAGAUUGAAUGAAAUAAUAAUCACCAUAUACACAGUAAAAUACAAGAAAACUUAUUUAUAAAAGAGAGAUAUAAUAAUAUAAUUUCUGGUGUCUUGCUGCAUUGUACUUUGUGUGCAAAGUAGUAACACUGGAAUUACAUCCUGAAGGAAGUAUUCAAGUUCAAAAUUAAGGAUUUCCUGUUGCUAGCAUGAUGCUGUUGCUGCUUUUCCUGGUUAGUGUUUCUUAGUGAAUUUGUAAUGACAUUUUACUGUGCAAAAGAAUUUUGUUAAAAGUUUAAGUUUACUUAAAAGCAUGAGUACAGAUUUGUGAAAAUGAUAAAAUAUAAUGUCAGCAACUGGACAAUUAUGAUGUUUGACAGUUGUGUGUUGUGUGAUUUAACCAGAAAGAACUGACAUGAUGAAAAAAUGUUCAAGUUGCUGUCAGCGAGUUCUUAUGCAAGUUCUUAAUCAAAAUUGAUAGGAUGGUCAUGGUUAAGAGGAGAAAGGACAUUAUUUGAAAUAUGGAUAAAAUUUUUGUAUGCAAAAUUGUUUAUGUCCCAUUGAUUUAAACUUAUUGUAAUUAGAAAAGUAGCUGUAAUUGUAGUUAGUAGCAUACUCCUUUUGAUGACAGACUUAUAUAUAUUUAUAAUAAAAAGUAAAAUUAUA